AUGAUGCGAGAGCGAAGUGAUGGUGACUGUACAUGGAUCCGAGUGUACGGUAGAGCUAGAAACUUGAUAGCGGGUAUAACGGAAUUAUGGGGUCUACCGUAUGAUGAAUUGAUGCAACAUCCUUGGGAAUCUGGACCAGAAGACCAAUCUCCUCACUUCGAGAGCACUCCAUCUUCCACUUCCAUCCAUUUUCCAGUAUAUGGAACGCCAAAUUCGAUCCGGGAUAUGGUCCUCCAGGCCCAAGUUCAUCCUGCGUACAGAAGGAUUGAGCUACCAGAAGAUUCAAAAGCCAGUAGACUGAAAUUGGAGCAUGCAGACGUGGAUUAUUUGAUCAAAACCGGGUUUAUCAGUAUUUAUUUGAUUCCUUCAGUCAACGUCUUAGUCACGAUCACAGCCCAGAGUUAUGUUUGUGAGGAAAGUAAUGCAGAAUUACUGGGAUUGAGUUUCAUACAAAAUGCUGUCAGACGUGCUGCGAAUACUGUGAAAGAUAUCGCUGAAAUAGUGAGAAGCUGGGAAGAUGAAGCGAGGCACCCUGUCUCUACAACAAGAGCAGAGGAGGGAAAUCGUCUCAUCGUUCAUCUUCAUACCUUGGGUUCGCAUCUCCGCCAGCUACAGACAGUUCAUUGA